CACGUGACUAAGGCCUUGGACGCGAAUGGUGUCAGCCGUAGGAUCCUUCUGGCCUUUCCAUCCCCUGCUCCGGGAAACUGCGCCGGCGCAGUGAGUACGUCACGUCGUCGCGGGCCGGUAACGUCAUCAGGCGUUGCGGACCGUGUGUGUCCCCGAGGCGCUAAGCUGAGGACGAAGAAUAGCCGGCAGCAUGAGCGGCUGCGGGCUCUUCCUGCGCACUGCGGCUGCGGCUCGUGCUUGCCGAUCUCUGGUGGUCUUUACCGCGAGCCGGCGGCCACUGCACACCAGCCCGCCUAUACGAGCUUUCGCCAAACACCUUUUCCUGGGCAAAAUCGAGAAGAAAGAAGUUUUCCCAUUUCCAGAAGUUUCCCAAGAUGAACUUAAUGAAAUCAAUCAGUUCUUGCGACCUGUGGAAAAAUUCUUCACUGAAGAGGUGGACUCUCGAAAAAUUGACCAGGAAGGGAAAAUCCCAGAUGAAACUUUGGAGAAAUUGAAGAGCCUGGGGCUUUUUGGAUUGCAAGUCCCAGAAGAAUAUGGUGGCCUGGGCCUCUCCAACACCAUGUACUCACGACUAGCGGAGAUCACCAGCAUGGAUGGGUCCAUUUCUGUGACUCUGGCAGCACACCAGGCUAUUGGCCUCAAGGGGAUCAUCUUGGCUGGUACUGAGGAGCAGAAGCUCAAAUACUUACCUAAACUGGCGUCUGGGGAGCACAUUGCAGCCUUUUGCCUCACCGAGCCAGCCAGUGGGAGUGAUGCAGCCUCAAUCCACAGCAGAGCCAGGCUAAGUGAAGACAAGAGGCACUACAUCCUCAACGGCUCCAAGGUCUGGAUUACCAAUGGAGGACUGGCCAAUAUUUUUACUGUGUUUGCAAAGACUGAGGUCGUUGAUUCUGAUGGAUCGGUGAAAGACAAAAUCACAGCAUUCAUAGUAGAAAGAGACUUUGGUGGAGUCACUAAUGGGAAACCUGAAGAUAAGUUAGGCAUUCGGGGUUCCAACACCUGCGAAGUCCAUUUUGAAGACACCAAGGUACCUGUGGAAAAUGUCCUUGGAGAGGUCGGAGGUGGGUUUAAGGUGGCCAUGGACAUCCUCAACAGCGGCCGGUUCAGUAUGGGCAGCGCCGUGGCUGGGAUGGUCAAGAGAUUGAUUGAAGUGACUGCUGAGUACGCCUGCACAAGGAAACAGUUUAACAAGAGACUCAGCGAAUUUGGAUUGAUUCAGGAGAAGUUUGCACUGAUGGCUCAGAAGGCGUACGCCAUGGAGAGUAUGACCUACCUCACGGCAGGGAUGCUAGACCAACCGGGCUUUCCCGACUGCUCCAUCGAGGCGGCCAUGGUGAAGGUGUUCAGCUCUGAGGCUGCUUGGCAAUGUGUGAAUGAGGCGCUGCAGAUCUUCGGGGGCUUGGCCUACAUGAGGGACUAUCCGUACGAGCGCAUGCUGCGUGACGCCCGCAUCCUCCUCAUUUUCGAGGGAACCAACGAGAUUCUCCGGAUGUACAUCGCCCUGACGGGUCUGCAGUAUGCUGGCCGCAUCAUAACCGCCAGGAUCCAUGAGCUUAAACGGGCCACUGUGAGCACAGUCAUGGAGACUGUUGGCCGGAGGCUUUGGGACUUGACGGGCAGAAAGGUGGACAUGGAGCUGACAGGCAAACUUGGAGUCAUACACCCCAGUCUUGAGGAGGGUGCCAACAAGUUAGAGGAGAAUACCUACUAUUUCGGCCGGACUGUGGAGACGCUGCUGCUCCGCUUUGGCAAGACCAUCGGGGAGGAGCAGCUGGUGCUGAAGCGGGUGGCCAACAUUCUCAUCAACCUGUAUGGCAUGACGGCUGUGCUGUCGAGGGCUAGCCGCUCCAUCCGCAUCGGGCUCCGUAACCACGACCAUGAGGUUCUCUUGGCCAACACCUUCUGCGUGGAAGCUUACUUCCAGAAUCUCUCCAGCCUCUGUCAGCUGGACAAGUAUGCUCCAGAAAACCUAGAUGAGCAGAUUAAGAAAAUGUCCCAGCAGAUCCUGGAGAAACGAACCUAUAUCUGUGCCCACCCUCUGGACAGGACACACUGAGGCAGGGAAUAGUGUACCCUGCCACCGCUUGCCCCUAGCUGCUGGCCGGUUGCUGGAUGACUGUCACUACUUUUCCAGAAGGUGGAGAACUUGGGCUUAUCACAGGUUGAGCCAUUUAUUCCCAGUCUGCACCUGAAGGGUUGUCUCCUGGCCUGGGGGAGCCUCUUUCAGGUUUCAACCUGCGUGCAGUGCUAACAGGACCAUCAGCCUCUGAACUGAGCCAGAGAGAAAGAAUGGAAUUGCUUACCUCUGGAAUUGGCAGGUAUUCUGGUCAUUGAGGAAACACCACAGUGGAAACUGGGCUUGUGCUGCUGCCUCCAGGGCGAGGCAGGUGGGGACCUGCAUCAGGUGGAAAUAGCCAUUUCUGCUCAACCACACAUUCUCUAGGAAACAGCUUGAAAGCUGCAUCUGGUUCAUUCAUUUAAACUAGAAGCAGAGUCACUUAAAACACGUACCAGGAACCAUUUAACAAAGAAUAUAAAAUGUCGCAAUCUGUGUACUCUUA